UUUCCAUCGAUCAAGUGGAACCGGAUCCAACACGCCCUGGCAAAAGGGCUUUCCUUGCAGCUUCAUGUUUCACUUAAUAUACCAGACACAGAUGUGCAAUCCGACGAUGUUGAGCAGAGGGACAUACCCACUCUAAUUAGGUUCUUUAAGGAGGGGAAUCGACCUGACCUUUACCAACCGAACGCCUUUAUCUAUGCAUGGGGUUCUUUCCUUACUACCUCCUCUGAUGAAGAAGGUUUUCAUAUUCUUCUUCACGCCAACAGCGUUGACCGCCACCCGGGUAACAAAGACGAUACAGAUUCAUAUUUUAUGCAAUGCCCCGAAGCGGCUCAGCCUAUCGUAACCCUACUCGCUGUGGUUCUUGAGCGCGGUGGUCAACUAAAUAGCGGUUCAACUCUAUUACAGUACCGUCUCCAGUCCACAACCUACAAUAGUUCGUCACGAAGUCACCACACUUUCCCUAUCACCGCGUACUUCAAGAACGGGCAGCGGUGGGCGAACUUUCCACAGCUUAGCGCAAAUAUCCACAUUUUUUUGACUUGGGGGGGGGGUCUUCGGCAUCACUAA